UGGAACGGGAGAAUGUACAGAAGAGGACCUUUACCAGAUGGAUAAACCUUCAUUUGGGAAAGUGCAAGCCACCUUUGAAAGUGAAAGACUUGUUUAUUGACAUACAAGAUGGCAAAAUCUUGAUGGCACUCCUGGAAGUCCUGUCGGGACAAAAACUGAUGCAUGAGUACAAAUCUUCAACCCAUCGCAUUUUUCGUCUGAACAACAUAGCCAAAGCACUUAAGUUCUUGGAGGACAGUAAUGUGAAGCUUGUUAGCAUCGAUGCAGCUGAAAUAGCAGAUGGAAAUUCCUCUCUGGUACUUGGACUAAUAUGGAAUAUAAUCUUGUUUUUUCAGAUAAAGGAGCUGACAGGCAACCUCAACAGGAACUCCUCUUCCUCCAGCCUGUCCUCUGGGCCCAGUGGUCCAGAGUCAGAUACAUCCCCCGGCACUCCCAGUGUGGAGAGAAACAUGUCCAUUACAGUGAAGGAUCAGCGGAAGGCCAUCAGAGCCCUUCUAAUCUGGGUUCAGAGGAAAACCAGAAAGUAUGGUGUUGCAGUUCAGGACUUUACCAGCAGCUGGAGGAGUGGCCUUGCUUUCUUAGCCAUCAUAAAAGCCAUAGACUCUACUUUGGUAGACAUGAAACAUGCACUGGAUAAAUCAGCUCGAGAAAACCUGGAGGAUGCUUUCAGCAUAGCACAGAACAAGCUGGGUGUUCCUCGGCUCCUCGAGCCAGAAGAUAUCAUGGUGGAAACACCUGAUGAACAGUCAAUUGUGACGUAUGUGGCACAAUUUCUGGAGCACUUCCCGGAGCUGGAAGGGGAAGACUUUACGGAUCCUGACAAGGAGCUUCCUAUUGAGUCUACAUACGUCCACAUCAAAGACACACCGUCAGAAAAGGAAGGCAAAAUCUUGAUUUUAAGUGAAAGUGAAGAAAACAUGUAUACUGUUAAUCAUGAGAGGAGUCAUCCUGCUCCUCCAAAGGUCCAUAUUCAUGACAUCCCUGAGAGAAUCCCAUCAGAAACCGUUCCUGAAAACUGUAAUGGGAAAUUGAAUCAAGAGUUAGGUGAUUCACAGGACACAUCUGAAGAGGAGCCUCAGAGGCCUACCUCCCUGAAAAUUGCAGGAUCUGUCAGUUUUGAAUCUAAUUGCUCUUGGGAGGUUCUCAGUGAUAAAUUCGUGUCGGGUGAAGGGGGCAUCGCUGAUGAUCCACUGAAACAGAACAAUAGCCUCUCUCCAGCUGUUGUGAGAGAUCACAAAAAUUCUGUUGACUCAUUUGAAGAAUACUCUGAAGAAUUGACUAAAGAAACACCUACUGAAUAUGACCACGAAACUAAGAGCCUUUCAGCCAAUACUUCUUCUUUGAGUCCAUCAUCCUGGACUUCAGGUAUACUUACAGAUGAUUCUAUUAAUAAAAUAGAAGAGACCAAACCCCAGUCUUCAAUUCUUUUACCAGAUGAUACCUCAAAACAAGAAGAUACGCAUAAGUAUGUUCUUCAUCUUCUGAAUGAGGAAAUACAGAAACCUCCACAAGAUGAACAUACAAAAGAAUCACCUGUCUUUGAGACAACAGAAACAAGCCCUUGCUCACUGAAUGGUUCUAAUCUUGAAAGCCAAGAAACAAACCCUUGCUCAUGCCAAGAACUAUCUACACAGCCUGAAACAUCUGAUGACUCUCUCUCAGAUGUAUCUAAAACUCCAGAGGACCUGGACAGCUGUGAUGAAGUUGAGCCUGCAUCUAAAGAGGUACACAGUACUUCAAAAGUGUCUGUAAUACCUCAUGAUCUCUUUUAUUAUCCACAUUAUAAUGUUCCCAUAUCAGCAGUUCUGGAUGCUUUCCUUGAGCCUCGUAUCGAAGAUUAUGACACUGAAAAUGACAAAGUUUCCUCUGAAACAGUAACAGAUGCUAUACCUGAGAAGAACUUACCAGAAGAGAACCACAAGGAAGAGGCUCCAGAGCCAGACUUGGGGAAUAAGCUAGGUACCCCUCAGUCAGGAACAGAUACUGAGAGCAGCGAGGAGGAAACUACAAAUAUUAACAGUCACAUGAAUUCUUCCGAUGAAAAAGAAGUGCCAUUACUAGUAGAGGAGUCAGAAAUUGAAGAAGAUGGCAGUAAGGCCACCGACCAUCAAGAUUCCACUGUUCCACAACAACCUCAGGCCAUAGUAGAGCAUCUAGAGGAUUUAUCAAUAACCAUAAAGACACCAGAAGAAAAUAGUAAUAGGGAGGAGGAAGGGGGAAAUAUGAUCAAUGAGGAAGAUUUGCAGAUUCCUGAAGUUGCCACUACUACUCUAUCACAAGAUAACCUGGAAGAAAUUGGGGAAUGCCAGGAAUUUGCCAGAACCAGUGACAGUGAUGCCAAUAUUUAUCUCCGAAAAAGGUCUCCUAAUGCUUCUGAGGAGGAAACCUAUGGUGUAAACGAGCAGAAGAUGACUGAUCUGGGUGAAAAUCCAUUAAUCAUCAGGAAGAAAAAGGACUCGGAAGCAAGUGAGACUCCAACACCAACUCAUGAGAUUACGAUUUUUGAGCAGCCAGAGCUAUUCUACUUCAUCAUUUGUUUCUGGGUGCUGGUCUACUGCCUUUUACUCCUUCCACAGCUUCUUAGCAACAAAGCUUGA